AUGACUAGGCAUUCCAACUCGUCUGAGGGCAUGAAAUUGUCCCGUGCGGAGAGCUCAAGCUACUGGAUCCCGCAGCUAGCUCCUCUCGGGGUGGCUCCUUAUUCUGGAAAGGACUACAAGUUCUAUCGAAAUGUGGUCGACUAUGGCGCGGAUAACACUGGUGCCAAGCCUGCUGAUGAGGCCAUCAAUGCGGCGGUGCAAGAUGGAGAUCGCUGCGGAGAGGAAUGUGGAAACACGUUUGUGCAAGGUGCACUCAUAUACUUCCCUUUUGUCGGAGAUGCGGUAAACCGACCAACUUUAAAAGGUUGCAGUAAUUUUACCGGCAUAGCAAUUAUCGACGUUGAUCCGUAUAUUCCCAACAUGGCGGCGCCGGACGGGGGAGGUGUCAACUGGUACAUCAACCAGAAUCAAUUCUUUCGCCAGAUUCGGAAUUUGGUGUUUGACAUGAAAGAUAUGCCUGCCGCCACAGAUGAGCAUGGACAGCAGCUGGUGCCUACUGGUAUUCACUGGCAAGUCUCACAGGCAUGUAGCCUGCAAAACCUGCGCUUUGAGAUGCCCCAGGCGUCUUCUUCGUCGCAAAACAUCACACACGUCGGCAUAUUUACUGAGAAUGGUUCCGGAGGCUUUGUGUCUGAUCUUGAAUUUGAGGGCGGAGCCAUUGGCUGGCGGGUUGGUUCUCAGCAGUACACGGCCAUCGGCCUCAGGUUUAAAAAUUGCAUCACCGCCGUUCAAAUGGUCUGGGACUGGGGCUUCAACUGGCAGCGAAUUCACGUCGAUGGCGGAACAAUCGCAUUCAACAUUAGCGGUCAAGGAGGGAUUGGUCGGCAAGGGAUUGGGUCCGUCUCCAUCAUCGAUUCUGAUAUCAAUAACGUCCCUAUUGGUAUACUCACAAACAACCACGAGGACCAGGCCCCAAAUAUUGUCAUUGACAACACAGUCUUCACGAAUGUGGGUGCCAUUGUUCAGCUUGACAGUGGCUCACGGCUGUUGGAAGGCGGAUCGCAGACAGUGCAGAACUGGGCUCAUGGCCGACGGUACGAGGGGAAAAGCGGCGAAAGACGUACAGGCCACUUCAAACACCCCCCAAGAAAAAGCAGCAAGCUUUUGGACGGCGGGAAGCUCUUUACUCGCUUGCGACCGCAGUAUGAGCAGCUCUCUGCAUCGAGCUUCUUGAUCGCGACCGAGCAUGGCUGCAAGAAUGACGCAACUGGAGAUAAUACGGCGGCCAUCAACAGCUUCCUUCAACAAGCGGUGCGGGCAAAUAAGAUCGCUUACUUUCCUGCUGGUAUUUACAACGUUCAAGACACAGUUGACGUGCCCGUUGGAUCCAGAGUCCAAGGAACGAGUUGGUCGCAAUUGCAGGCUUCGGGGACCAAGUUUCAAGACAUGGACAACCCCAGAGUUGUGGUCCGGGUCGGGAAACAAGGAGACGAGGGCGUCCUCGAAAUCGUCGACAUGCUGUUUACAGUCAAAGGGAAUACAGCAGGUGCCAUCAUGAUGGAAUGGAAUGUACAUGAGCCUUCUCAAGGCUCUGCGGCCAUGUGGGACUCACAUAUUCGAGUCGGAGGCGGCAUAGGGACAGAUCUUGACGCGGCCAACUGCCCAAAAUUGGCUUUCAAUGAAGCCUGCAUUUGCGCUUCUAUGCUCCUUCACGUCACCAAAACUGGAUCUGGUUAUUUUGAGAACGUCUGGGCGUGGAUUGCCGAUCAUGAUAACGACAUGAGCCUCUACUGGGAAGUCGACUCCCUUGCAUCUCAGAUCAGUCUCUAUGGCGCCCGCGGUAUCCUCGUUGAAUCUCAGGGGCCCUGCUGGUUCUAUGGCUCGGGUUCAGAGCACGCAGUGCUUUAUCAGUACCAAUUAUACAAAGCCAAAGAUAUAUACCUUGGCCACAUCCAAACCGAAUCGCCAUACUUUCAGCCGGUGCCGGGAGCUCCAAGCCCCUUCAAUUCAUCAUCCAUGGGCUUGUUUGCAGGAGACCCCAAAUUUGAAGAUUGUGAGACAGAAUCCUGCAAAGAGGCUUGGGGUCUGCGCAUAAUUGAAUCGGAAGGGAUAUCUAUCCAUAGCGCAGGCUUGUACUCUUGGUUCACCAACUACGGACAGCAAUGCCUCAGCACCGAAGACUGCCAGCAACGGAUCAUGGAGGUGACAGCUUCCAAGGACGUGGCAAUCUACAACAUCUUUGUCAAGGGAGCCCAAGAGAUUGCGACCACCUCCGGCUACAGCAUCGACCAAAGUGAAAACCAGCAAGGGUACACCUCGGAAAUUAGUAUUUGGCUUCCGUAUGAUGAUGCGCCUGAAGUUGUCUAUAUUGGUACAGAAAUAUACCAAAAGCCUACAGCUUCAUGCCAUAAGCCAUGUGUCAUGGUUUUGGCUCCGAGUCCUUUGCCUUCCACCACCACCAUUUCCAUCAAACCAUACACGACAUCGUUGCAGGUUGGGUCGACCAUUACAACCAUUACAGUCACCCCAAAGCCGGUCACAACAGAUAAAAUGCCAUUUUACAACGUCAACAUUACUGCUGGAGCCACUGAUGGAGCUAUAUAUAGAGCAACAAAGAGUCUUGCUCUAGAAGAUGUUGUUGUGACGUUGUCCCAUGUUGCGGGCACGGAGACAGCAACAACCACUCGACGAUUACAACUGCCCCCAUGGCCCCAAAUCAAUAACGGACCACCCGAAAACUGGAAUUUAACUACGCGCGAAAAUAAAAAUCAAGGUGGAAAGACCACAAGGCUGGUACCUAGUCAAGGGGGAAGAACAACAACUCACAUUCCCCCGCCACCCCCGACCACAACAGUGUUUCAUAUAUCUCCACAGUGCACCAGCCAAAAUUGCCCUCCAAUGGACGACAAGAGGAGCAACGACGAACACAAAACCGUUGUAUGGAUCCGAAUUAAAUGUGAUGAGCUAUGGUUCUUCAAUUUCUGUAUCGAUGUCAAUGGCCUCCGUGUCCGCGGAUGGGAAUUCCCGCUUCCCAAGGGAAUUAUUGGGCCGGGGCCGCCGCCAUUCGUACCCAAAAUUCGCGGGUGGCAUUUGGUCCUUCCCCCCAUCCUACCACCGUGGCCUGUGAUCGAGGUUGGUGGGCCCGGCUUGCAUUAUGGAGAGAAAGACCCCAGUUGCGAGGAUAACAAAGUCUCGGUUCCUGUUCAACUUUACACUAGAUCAUACGGACUGUCUAUAUCCAGCGGAACGACCGUUACAACAGCAACACGAACGAUCACUGAGACAGCAUAUGAGACGGGCUGCCCGACUCCAGAAUGGACUUCUACAGCAGCGUGUGACGCAAAUGUCCGACGUACAGCAUCCGACUUGACUCUGCCCAGAACUCAGAUUCCUACUGCUACUCCAAUUAUUGGUACUGACGUGGCACGAAGCAUAAGGUCUCGAAAUGAAGAUGAGUGGGCGCAUGACUUUGACUGUCAGGGAGGCGAAUCGGACGUCAUCAUAUAUCUCAAAGACGAGAGCAGUGAAACCGACGAUGAGCAAGUUAAAAAACGGCUCAAAUAUGAUUUUGUCCAUUUUGAGAUGGAAUCCAAGGCGUUUCAACACGAGAGCCUAUACAUUUUAUUCUUCUAUGCCUGGAAUAUGCCAAAAAGCUUGCGUGACAAGUUCGCCAUCAUGCCAAUGGUAGAGAACAUUCGGACGGUGGAAUCGUUUUUGAACGACGACCCCAAAUCCAGCACUUCACCGUCAGUAGACGCAUUGAAGGGGAAACCAAUGCCGGGUGGAAUCUCCCCCAGGAGCAGCCCUGAAAUCAGAAGCUGCCCUCCAAUUCUUGAAGAUGAGCAGACAAGUCAAUCAACGCCACGCAAGCAUCGAGAUAUAUGGUGGCUGUCGCAAAUAUCCAGUUAUCCUGGAGAAGAGUGGGAGUACGAGGGAACAGACGGCGGGGACCUUGAAUCACCACUUUUCUACGAAUACUAUCAUGAUAAAUCUCUUGGUGAGGGUCAAGUUGUCUAUCUCCUAGAGGAAGGUUUAGAUACCAAGGACGAGGAAUUUUCAGAAGCCUCCAUACUGCUCUUCUCAAGAUUUGACAAUAUUGGAUUUCCAGCCUCGGAUGUCACCCAUGGAACUGCAGUCUCAAAGCUAAUGGUUGGUAAAACAUUUGGAGUUGCGUCCAAGGCAACACUAGUUGCAUUCGACCGCGUCGGUUUCUUCGUCGAGGAAAGUCCGAUAGAAUUGCUACUUAUUGCUCUGUUGCGCAUUAUUGAGCACAUAGAGGCGAACAUGAAAGACAAUGUUGAUAACCUCGGCGACAUUCGAGGCAGAUGUGUGAUCAACAAGUCAUUCCGGUACAGUAUUCAGGACUCACCCGAGUUCCAGCCCUUUUCACGCGGGCUCGAAAGACUCAGUCGCUACUUGCAGGACGACCUCAAUUGCCUGAUGGUUGCGUCGGCUGGCAACAACGCCAACACAGGAGAGCAUACAGAUGAGGGUAUCUUUGGCUACUUGAAGUAUGCUGGGGGCUUACCCAACCUCCUCGUCGCCGGCGCGUGUGGAAAAGCAGGCUACAAGGCCAGGAUGAGCGAGGUCUGGAGCAGCGGUGAUGACCAGGAUAUGAUCUAUGCCGCUGGACUGCGACUGCAAAUACCAGGGCAAGAAGGAACAAUCGACAUUUCACGCGGAACAGGCACCUCUCUUGCUGCUCCUUUAAUUUCUGGCUUGGCAGCGUACCUUCGAGCUCUUGACUCCAAGUGGAAGGUCGAGCUCAGAGAUCCACGAAAUCUCCUCAAAUUGAUUCGAUAUCUGUCCCGGAAACUCCACGUCACGCGCGAAGAGGAUGAGUAUGGAGGGCACGGAUCGCCACCAGGAAACGACGACAAUCGAGAAGAUGAAGCGAUCCAGCCUCACAUUAUCUGGAACGGCCAAGUCAAGAAUGAAAACUGUCUCGUGGGUUAUGUGAGCGAAGACAGCAAAGCCGUAUGCGACAUGUAUGUGAAAGAAAUACCUGGAAGCCUUGAAAGUUGGAAUCCGCCGGAGGUGCCGGAUCCGUGUGAUUUGUCGACGGGGUCCAAGAGAGACUUGAUCGGCCGCGCUAGUUGCGAGGUCAACGGUGCCAGAGCGAACAAAGAUGCCAGAGGAUUUCAAUGGAAGCAGGGAAAUCCGUCACCGACUUGUACCAGCAGCUGCGGAACUCUUUGCACAGGCUACUACUGCUCGCCACAUCCCACAGGCCAGCCUCCAGACUACUAUGACCACAGUACCACUAUCAAAGGCGAUGGCGGUCUCACAGGCUUGCCGCCUCUUACGCACAUUCCCACUCCCGUGACGAACUGCGCUGGCCAGAUCAAGCCCACGACAAUAUGCAACGGUUCUGGUGGAAGGAUGGCUUGCGUCACGAGCAGCUACUGCUCCAGCGAUUCACCACCAACUCCGACGGCAACGGACAUGCUUUGUCAGAUCAAUCGCGGAUGCAGAGACUAUCCUUGCCCGGAGGGCGAAUAUGGUUUGGUCAGGGGUGCUACAGUGAGGCGAGCCUGA